AGAAACUCGACUUUUCCAGGACUACCAAGUAGGGUUCUUGGCAUCAGUGUGUGAUGAGGUGAAGUUCUCUCCGGCACUGCUUUCCAGCGAAUUAUGCCUGGACCAGGCCCUCACCUCAUGUACACACUUGCCAUGGGUACAGGAAUGAUGCAUCUCUCGCGAGGAGCUUUCACCUCGCACCACUGUCUCGUCUACACGCUCAAUGCGUUCCUCGGACCGGACUUGGGCUCCUUUUGCGAAUGGCUUGCACAGACGAGCAGCUUUGGUCGGGCUCUCGGCUCCAAAGCCAUGGACUACGUCCACGACCCAGUGUACUAUGUACUAAUCCUGGGAGCUCCUCUCUGUUUCAUGUACAGCAAGCUUUCAAGAAUUCUACUCCAGGCCGGAUUUCUUCCAACACUACCCGGGGUCCACUUGAAGCCUAAAGAGUGCUUGUACCUCAUCGCGGCCGGGAGUCUCUCACAUUUUUUUCUUGACAACUUGUUCGAGGAAAAUGGUCACACGAAAAUGCUUGUGUGGAUUCUAAGCACGGGGUGGUGGCAAGGCGCUGCUCCGCUCGAUUUCAUGUCGGUUUUGAUUGUGGGACUGCUCUGCAGUGUACUCCUUGCAAGUUUCAUCUACAUCAACAGAUCGAUCAAGACAAAUCAUUCGCAGCCUCUUCGAGCGCUGGCUUCCAUCGCCAUAGUCGCGGCUCUCUACACCCUCUGGUGUGCGAUCAGAGUCUACGUGAUGGUUCCCCGAUUGCCUGCCGUGGGAGAAGAAGCCGAUUUGGGAGUUUUGGUCUUCUUAGCGAUUUUUUUCUUCGCCCCUCAUGCGCUGUGCGUGGCGUCCAUGCACAGCAUUGACACUUCCAGUGAAAUCCAUAUGGUGUAGAGUUUUUUUUUA